CCGCAGCUACUUGUUUUGAUGUACGGCGCCUGGUCGAAAAGUAUCAUCGAUAUGCGAUACGUGAAUUUGAUCAACUUGGCCGGUCAGCUGAAAGCUGGUCGUGGUCUGGCCAUUGUUGUGGCCCUAAUCAAAGGCUCUGCAUCUAGUGGCGCUGAUCGAGCAAAAGCAGAAGAAGUUAAGAAACGAAUUCAGUACGACAUGAUGCAGGCACGCCUUCGAGGUUUCGGCAAAACCUUGCUUUUUGACGAAAAUCAGGUAAUAACCACGAAGAUCAGAUUUACCUGA